AUGUAUCGGAAGUUGUCUAAGUUAGAACACUCGGAAAUAAAACAACUUCUUACAGAAGCUAAUAUAGAUGUUGCAAAGCAUUACGCAACAAACAAAAAAGCACUCGCUGACAUCCUCAAUGACUAUAAUGGUGCAAUAAGUUAUGAUAGAAUUCAUGAGUUCAUAAAGCCGCAACGCGGCGAGGACGAAGUCCAUGCAAGAGCAUUUCCUUUAAAUGACGUUGCUAUUGACUUAUAUCAUAGACGUUCAGUACCUCAUGAAGUAAGAAGAGAAAUGUUUGACAUAACAAAUGCAAACGUUGGUGAAACAAGAAGAAGAGACGACACACUGAAACAACAGAGAAGAGAGAUGUUUAAAAGUGCUAUAGAACAAGUUCGCAAAGCUAA